AAGCAUGCAGACCGCUUCUACAAACAUUUGUGAAAGAAUGAGUUGCUCUCAUGACCUCAGUGAAUUUAAGUGUGGUACUGGGAUAGGUUGCCACCUGUGCAAUAAGUCCAUCCGUGAAAUUUCUUUGCUACUAAAUAUUCCACAGUCAACUGUUAGUGGUAUUAUAACAAAGUGGAAGCAACUGGGAACAACAGCAACUCAGCCAUGCAGUGGUAGGCCGCAUAACAUGACAGAGCGGGGUCAGCACAUGCUGAAGCGCACAGUGUGCAGAAGUUGCCAACUGUCUACAGAGUCAAUAACUAAAAACCUCCAAACUUCAUGUGGCCUUCAGAUUAGCACAACAACAGUGCGUAGAGAGCUUCAUGGAAUGGGUUUCCAUGGCCGAGCAGCUGCAUCUGAGCCUUACAUCACCAAGGACAAUGCAAAGUGUUGGAUGCAGUGGUGUAAAUCAAGCCGCCACUUGACUAUAGAACAGUACUUGCCUGACUGUAUUGUGCCAAGUGUAAAGUUU